AUGGAGUCUGGGUCAAGCUCUUUUCGAGUGGAAUUUCCAGAUUUUUCUAGCACCAUUUUGCAGAAGUUAAACCAGCAGCGCCAGCAAGGACAAUUAUGUGAUGUGUCCAUUGUAGUUCAGGGCCAUCUCUUCAGAGCCCAUAAAGCUGUUCUUGCAGCUAGUUCACCUUACUUCUGUGAUCAGGUUCUCCUAAAAAACAGCAGGCGAAUAGUUUUGCCUGAUGUGAUGAAUCCCAGAGUAUUUGAAAACAUUCUUCUGUCUACCUAUACGGGUCGGCUGGUAAUGCCUGCUCCAGAAAUUGUUAGUUACUUGACAGCAGCAAGUUUCCUUCAGAUGUGGCAUGUAGUGGAUAAAUGCACUGAAGUGCUAGAGGGGAACCCAACAGUUCUGUGUCAGAAGAUGAACCAUGGCAGUGAUCAUCAGUCCCCGAGCAGUAGUAGUUACAAUGGCCUUGUUGAAACCUUUGAACUUGGCUCUGGAGGGCAGACGGAAUUCCACAAAGUGCAGGAACUAAGGGAUGGUGAAAACGAAGAAGAGAGCUCUAAAGAUGAACUGUCAUGUCAACUGACAGAACAUGAGUACCUUCCCAGUAAUUCUUCAACAGAACAUGAUAGACUUAGCACUGGAAUGACGAGUCAGGAUGGUGAAGAAGGAACUAGUGAUAGCGCAGAGUAUCAGUAUACCAGACCCAUGUAUAGCAAACCCAGCAUCAUGUCUCACAAGCGGUGGAUCCACGUGAAACCAGAAAGAUUUGAACAAGACUGUGAAGGUGUUGAUAAUCCUUAUGAUGAACACCAAGUUUCUGAAUCCAUGAAUGCCAUUCAGGCAGAUCAUUCAAUCCAGUCUUCAGGUGUUGAAGACUUUCAUAUAGGUGACAAAAAGAUGGAAGCAGAAUUUGAUGAACAGGCAGAUGAAAGUAAUUAUGAUGAACAAGUUGACUUCUAUGGCUCUUCUAUGGAAGAAUUUUCUGGUGAGAGGGCAGAUGGAAAUUUAAGUGCUCACAGACAGGAUCUUAUGAUAGCAGCAGGCUAUGGUGAAGGCAUUGAAAUGGCUACAGGAAUUAAAGAAGAAACUUCCCUCACUGGAUUCUCACAUGCUGAUAAACUGUAUCCUUGUCAGUGUGGUAAAAGCUUUACACACAAGAGUCAGAGAGAUCGGCAUAUGAGCAUGCACCUUGGUCUUCGACCUUAUGGCUGUGGUGUCUGCGGUAAGAAAUUCAAAAUGAAACACCAUCUUGUAGGCCACAUGAAAAUUCAUACAGGCAUAAAACCAUAUGAGUGUAACAUCUGUGGGAAGAGAUUUAUGUGGCGGGACAGUUUUCAUCGGCAUGUGACCUCUUGUACCAAGUCGUAUCAAGCUUCUAAAGCUGAGCAGAGUACUACUGAGAUGAACUAAGAUUAGCGCUUACAUUUGUUUAGUAGAGUAAGCAAAAUAAACUAAUUAUGCAAA